AAAAAUGGCGGGACUUUUAAGGAAUUUUGUCUCUCCAGAUACCCUGGACGAUUGGAAAGAGAGCAUACGAUCGUUUAUAUCCUGUUUGCAGGAUCGUCGUUUGGGAAUGGCGGGGAUUGGAUUUGGAACAGCAAUGCUGAUGUACACAACUCGCAAAUCGAUAACAAACCAACGUGAGAUAACGGACAAAGAGGAAGCCUUGGCAAAUUAUCCUUCAUUAUGGAAUCAUUCAAACUUGAUGGCUAAACAUCUCACACCUGAUCUUUAUGCUAAGCUCCUUUGCUUCCAAACAUCAAGUGGGUUUACACUAGACCAAGCGAUUCAGCCAGGCAUAGACAAUCCGAGCCAUCCACACAUCUGCGUCUCAGGGAUUAUUGCUGGGGAUGAAGAAUCGUAUCAAGUAUUUGGAGAACUAUUUGACCGCAUUAUCGAGGAGCGCCAUAACGGUUACAAGAAAACCAGCAUGCAUGUGACAGAUUUAAAUCCAGCAAAACUUAAGCAUGGAAAGUUUGACGAGAAUUUUGUGCAAUCUUGCCGAGUCAGAGCAUCUAGAUCACUGAAAGGAUACAGGUUGCCACCGAUGUGUAGCAGAAAAGAAAGACGCGCGAUUGAAGCUUUUGUGAAAAGCGUUCUAUCCAGCCUUAGCGGAGAUCUUGAGGGAUGUUACUAUUCGAUAUCAGCUUUAGCAUCUGACGACUGCCACCAUCUUGUUUUYGACCAAUCACACUUGGAUAAACCUACCAAUCGAUACUUCGUCAGCAGUGGGUUAGCUCGUGAUUGGCCCGACGCCCGAGGYAUUUGGCAAUCGAAAGACAAAAACUUGAUUGUUCGAGUUAACGAGGAAGAUCAUUUAAAGAUUAUCGCAACAGAGGCUGGUGGUGAUAUCGAGAAAGUAUACGAGCGUUUCUACAAAGGGAUCACAGAAUUAGAGAGAAGAAUUGAAGCAUGUGGAGCAGUGUUCAUGCGCAAUAGCCACCUUGGAAAUAUCACAACGUGUCCAAGCAACCUUGGUACUUCGCUGAGAGCUAGUGUUCUGGUGAAGCUCCCUAAUCUUGGAAAGGACACAAGGUUUGCUGCUAUCUUGUGCGCAUUGAGGUUGCAGAAACGCGGAACAGAUGGAUUGGAAAAACCAAUCGAAGACGACGUCUAUGACAUUUCAAACGCAGACAGACUUGGAUAUACUGAGGUUCAACUCGUSCAGAAACUCAUCGAUGGUGUUAAUCUUCUUGUCAAAAUGGAAAAAAGAUUGGAGCGGGGACAAUCACUGACAGACAUUGCACCAUUCCGACUAUGAUAUAACAAUUGAUGGAAGAUCACGUGACUAUCACUAUAUAUGAAUGAAGACAUGUUGUUAAAUUUAAAACAGCUGAAGUAAAAAUGUGCCUUCUCCGUU